GACUAAGUACCUGUUCAACAGACUUUAUCUCGCGGCUCUUUUUAGCCUUUUGGACAACCUACCCCUGGACAUGCCAAGCCAGAUUUUCAGUCAAUUCCUUGUCAGUCUAGAUGACGAGUGAAACUGCGUGAAUCUCUCAUAUUCCUUCAUCCCCAAUCACCAAUAUGAGUCACCCCUGAUCCUGUACAUCCCAACAAACAAAGCCCACAAAACUGACUACCGUGGCAACCAAACCUUCUUGACCUCACCUAUCGGCCGCAAAACUCGGCCACGGAACCUGGCAACCAAUCCAACGCUGGGCACGAUGAUACCUGGUUGAUUGUCAUGCAUAUUUAUACAUCAUGAUUGAUCUAGGGCUUGCACGUAUCAACCGCCUGCUUCAAAACACCCCACAGGCAUGGAAGGCCAUCCACGUUGCUGGGACAAACGGCAAGGGCUCGAUCUGUGCCUAUCUCUCAGCCAUCUUACACUCCACCGGCGCGUCCUGUGGCCGCUUCACUUCUCCUCAUCUCAUCGACCGCUGGGACUGUAUCAAUGUGAAUGGAAAUCCGGUCUCUGAAACUGUGUUUCGAGAUGCUGAGAAGCUGGUCAAGCGGAGAGACCAAGAGGAUUAUGUUGAGGCCACCGAGUUUGAGCUCCUGACCGCUACUGCCUUUGAGAUCUUCAACCGCCAGAAGGUCGAGUUUGGUGUUGUAGAAGUUGGUCUUGGUGGUAAACUAGAUGCAACAAAUACGUUGAGGCAGAAGACCGUGACAGUCAUCGCCAAAAUAGGGCUGGAUCACCAGUCGUUUCUUGGAAACACACUGGAAGAGAUUGCCCUGCAAAAGGCUGGCAUCAUGCGACGAGGCGUUCCUUGUGUGGUUGACGGAUCCAAUCCACCCGCCGUGCUCCGGGUUAUAGAGGACCAUGCCAGGGACGUCGGGGCAGAGAUUCAUUACCCCUCAACCUCCGAACUGGCAAGUGUGCUCUCAGAAGAGGGAUACGAGCCACACCAGAUCCAGAACCUGGCCUGCGCCCGCCUGGCUUUUCACCUUGCACGACCCGACCACGAUGUUUCGUUGGCCCGCCUCAGCAAAGCAGUCAGAGAUGCCUGGUGGCCGGGGAGGCUGCAAAUGCUCGACCUUGGCAGCAUCACUGGUCGCCCGCAGCCGGUUCUCCUAGACGGGGCCCACAACACACAGUCAGCUGAAGCCCUGGCAGCAUUUGUUCAGAAACACCUCCGUCUCCAGGGAGACCAGGCAGUCACCUGGAUAUUGGCUGCCUCCCAAGGAAAAGACAUGGGCGGUAUCUUGGGGCUGUUACUUCGGCCUGGCGACAGGGUUGCAGCAGUGCGGUUCGGACCUGUCGACGGGAUGCCCUGGGUCAAGCCUUCAGACCCAUCGUCGAUUCUUGCCCUCGCAGCUCAACAUGGCGUUGAGAAAGCCCAGCAAAGGGAUGGAUCGGACGAUCUUCGAGGCACCUUAAACUGGGCAUCGGCCACGGCCGGCGGUGGCCCUCUUGUUAUUGCCGGGAGCCUCUAUCUAGUUUCGGACGUCUUGCGACUCCUCCGUGAGAGCAAGGCGGUUUAAGACCUAUUCGAUGCCAUAAGAGAUGUUUAUUGCACCACAGACGCAGCUGUUUUGCGUUUUGCAUCACAUGAUCUCGCCGAUCUUAGGAACUGGGCCAACCGCAUUGUCCUGAUCUCUGAAAAAUGACCAAUCCAAAUCCAAAACAUAGGUUCGACAGGGACUCUUUGCCUUAGCAAGGAUGAAUCCGCCGAACCAUCUCGUCAUUGUCUGUGGUCACGGUAUCUGGCUGGGAGGGCCAAAAAACGGCUGGGACGAGUCUGAAUGGCUGAUUGAAAGCUACAAGUCCGGCGAAACCCCGACAUUCAUUGAGCACAUUCGUGCUGGCAUAAAGACUUUGGCCGAGGAUCAAGAUGCUGUCUUGGUGUUUUCAGG